CACACUAAACUAUAAGAUCCUAAAUAUUGCAGGCGCAAAAAUGGUGAUCCCUAUCCAUCGUUGCUUUCUCACUGUAACAAUCUUUCUUAUCACAACACUCCUGCAACAUUCAAAACGACGUCGCCGCCUCUGCUACUACUGCAACAACAACAACAUCAUCAUUACACCGUAACACUAACAUAGUAACAAAAACCAGCGUGAUUCAGUUCGUUCGUUCUCUCCUUCUUCAACCAUGGAUCACGCUCGAUCGAACGAAGAAGGCUCCGGGAUUCCAGACGAUUUGCGAUGCAAGAGGUCCGACGGGAAGCAAUGGAGGUGCACGGCGAUGUCCAUGCCGGACAAGACGGUCUGCGAGAAGCACUACAUCCAGGCAAAGAAGAGAGCCGCCAAUUCCGCCAUGAGGGCCAAUCUCAAGAAAGCCAAGAGGAAAUCCAUGUCGCUUGGUGAGUCUGAUGUCUAUUUGGAGAGCAAGAGUGACGAUUUUGAUGCCCCUCUUUCCACUACCUUCAACAACAAUCACUCUUCCUCCUCUGGGAAGAAGCUCUUUGAUAAGGUUUCCAAGAACCAGUUUCGUUACACGCCUGACCCUGAUAAAUUGAGACGCAGCGGCGGCUCCUCCGCCGCGACCCGUCGUGCUCCUAAGCCUGCUACCGGUGGUGAUGAUUCCCCUGAACGUGGUGUUGAUGAAGAGAAUUGGGCUUCCGAAUCGCGGGCUAACAGGAGCUUGGAUGCUAAUGCCACCACUGAAUAUUCUGAUGGAACUUCGGAUUCUUCUCAGGAAACCUGUGGGCAGACUUGCCAUCAUUGCCGGAGGAACGAUAGAGAGCAAGUUACUUGGUGCCUUAAAUGUGACAGGAGAGGAUACUGUGAUAGCUGUAUAUCAACAUGGUACUCAAACAUUUCAUUGGAUGAAAUUCAGAGGAUAUGUCCUGCAUGCCGUGGUAUAUGUAAUUGUAAAGUUUGCUUACGUAGUGAUAAUUCAAUAAAGGUUCGGAUUCGUGAGAUACCUGUACUAGAUAAGUUACAGUAUCUUCACCUGCUGCUCUCGUCAGUUCUUCCUGUAGUGAAGCAGAUCCAUCGCGAACAGUGUUUUGAAGUUGAACUUGAAAAGAAGUUGCGUGGUGCUGAAAUAGAUCUUCCGAGGACAAAAUUGAAUGCAGAUGAACAGAUGUGCUGCAAUUUAUGUAGAAUACCUAUCACUGAUUAUCACCGACGCUGUCCAAGUUGCUCAUAUGAUUUGUGCCUCAAUUGUUGUCGAGAUCUUCGUGAGGCAACUGUACAUCACAGUAAUGAACCCCCAACAGAGCAAGCAAAAACUUCUGGUCGAAAUAUAUUACAUAAGUUUCCUAAUUGGAGAUCCAAUGACAAUGAAAGUAUUCCAUGCCCCCCUAGGGAGUAUGGUGGCUGUGGUUAUUCAUCACUAAAUUUAAGUCGGAUUUUCAAGAUGAAUUGGGUUGCAAAAUUAGUGAAAAAUGUAGAGGAAAUGGUUAGUGGCUGCAGAAUUAGUGAUGAUGAUAGUCCACCGGAAACUGGGUUGAACUCUCUCAAACUUUGCCACUGUUCCCAAAGGGAGGUUAGUGAUGAUAAUUAUCUAUAUUGUCCAUCAUCUGAAGAUCUCAAAACAGACGGGGUUACCAAUUUUAGAAAGCACUGGAAAACUGGUGAGCCCAUUAUUGUUAAGCAAGUAUUUGAUAGGUCAUCAGCUUCAAGCUGGGAUCCGAUGGUCAUAUGGAGAGGUGUUUUAGAGACAGCGGAGGAGAAAAUGAAAGAUGAAAACAGAAUGGUGAAGGCCAUAAAUGGCUUAGAUGGGUCUGAGAUUGAUAUCGAGCUUCAUCAGUUCAUGAAAGGAUACUCCGAGGGACGUUUUCAUGAAAAUGGUUGGCCACAGAUAUUGAAGUUGAAGGAUUGGCCUUCACCAAGUGCAUCUGAAGAAUUUCUAUUGUACCAAAGACCUGAAUUUAUCGGCAAACUGCCUUUAAUUCAGUAUAUUCACUCCAAGUGGGGCCUUCUUAAUGUUGCAGCUAAACUGCCCCAUUACUCCUUGCAGAAUGAUGUAGGUCCCAAAAUAUAUAUAUCUUAUGGGAUUAGUGACGAACUUGGUAGAGGUGAUUCAGUGACAAAUCUCCACUUCAAUAUGCGUGACAUGGUUUACCUGUUGGUCCAUACAAGUGAAGUUAAACUGAAGGACUGGCAGAGAACUAAAAUUGAAAUGAUGAAAAAAGCUUACAAGGAACCUGAGGCAAAAGAAUCUUGUGGGGAUCCACAGAUAUGUUCGCCUUCACCACUCAGUACAGAAAAUAAUGGACUGGAUUUGGAAUCAAACCAGAUUAAUUCAAUUAUGGAUCAAGAGUCUGAAAACCAUUCUAGUGCUGAAGAGACUAUGGUCAAUUCUGAACUUCCAUUUAGACAAAAUGGAGAGGUCUCUGACAAUACUCAUCCUGGAGUUCUUUGGGAUAUCUUUCGUCGGCAGGAUGUUCCAAAGGUGACUGAAUAUUUGAAAAUGCAUUGGAAGGAAUUUGGGAAGUCAGAUGACACAGGAAAUGAAUUUGUUACAUGGCCUCUUUAUGAUGGAGCAAUUUUUCUCGACAGACAUCAUAAAACAAAUUUGAAGGAAGAAUUUGGAGUUGAGCCAUGGUCAUUUGAACAAAAUUUGGGGGAGGCUAUAUUUGUUCCUGCUGGUUGUCCUUUCCAAGCGAGGAAUGUUCAGUCAACAGUUCAGUUGGGCCUUGAUUUCUUAUCUCCGGAAAGCCUGGGGGAGGCUGUAAGAUUGGCUGAGGAAGUUCGGUGUCUACCUAAUGAACAUGAAGCAAAGCUUCAAGUUUUGGAGGUCGGGAAGAUAUCUCUUUAUGCAGCAAGUUCUGCCAUCAAAGAAGUUCAGAAACUUGUACUUGACCCAAAACUUGGCUCAGAGAUUGGAUAUGGAGACCCUAAUUUGACUGCAAUGGUUUCGGAGAAUUAUGAGAAGAUGGUUAAGCGGCGGCAGAUUGCUUGUGCCUGAACUUCCCCAUUCAGCUUGGUCUCGACUAUUGAAUCAGGAAAGGGGUUAUGUACAGUAUCAUAGUAGCUGUAUUUGAACAAUAAUUUAUGGGUCAAUGUUUCAGUUUAGUUGAUUAAAUACCUAGGUAGUCAUUGAAAAUGUGUAUAGUAGUUACAGACAUUAGAGAAUCUUGAAAUGAGAUCUCGAAUCUGUAUUUUAUUUCAUAAGUGGUAAAGAAACAUGUAAUAUAUACAGAGUUACAAACUCGUGUCUAUUUGUCCGUGCUGACAGUUUAGUUAAAUUCAGAAAUGCUUGGGGUUUUGAAAUGUUAACAAACACCCAUUGAUCACACAUAA